AUGCUUGUCGCAUUUACUCACAAGAUCCGUGCAGUAUCCAGCGCGAGCCUAAUCGAACGCAUGCUUACUCCGGAGCUGUUCGAAGACCCGCAAGAUCCCUUUAGAGUCACGCUCUUCGCCCGCGACGAAUGGGCCCGUUUGUUUCUGCUGCGCAAAGUGUCAAAGACUUUCAAGUGCAUGUUCGACUCCGCGCUGGAUGACGCGAAGCGGCAUGGUAAAGUUCGCCUCAUCAUGAACAUGGCAAGACAUAACAACUGCCCGGCGAAGUCUAUGGACCUCAAAUCCCUUCCCACCGCAAUGGAGGCACCUAUGCCCUUCCUCGCAACAUUCCCAUCACUCUAUGUACUGGACUACCAAGUCAUCGAGAUCGACAGCAAGGAAGAAGAUGGGGACCCACAGGUUCGCCUAGAAGAGCUGGAAGCCGAGUAUGUCCUUCCCACCGGCAACCUUCAGCUGAACUACGACGACCUCUUUUAUCUAAACACCAACAUCGUCUAUACCACCCAGACAGAUGCGAACCUCGCAGCAUUUGAGGAGGUCAUCGACGACAUCUGCGACGCCAUCUGGCACCCUGACCUCCUGCGUCCCAAGGUCGAGCCUCCUUAUCUGGCACCACUCACGAAAGAAGGCUUGUAUCACCUCGGCUGCGUGUUCGCUACUGGAGCUCGACGACUUGCUGCGACGAGAUAUGCUGUUACGCAUGGCGAGGAAAAUCUGACGGUGGAUAUUGGUAGCCACACUCACGCGGUGGCCUGGCUGGGCUGGUUCGACGAAGGAGGAGCUGAGCGACUAAAAAUUGAGGCCAAGCAACUGGCGGAAGAGGCCGAGCAGAAGGAAUGGGACGCAGCCAACGAGGCCGCGAAGGAGAAGUGGUGGGCGGGAGUGCAGGCAGAGAAGGCCCUUCGGCCUCCUGUUGUAUUGGCCUCGGCAGCUGAGGUCGGGCAGAAACUGUUGCAGGAGGAUCCGAAGGAGGCCUAG